GGUUUUUUUUUGCACAUAUUCUGACUCACAUUAAACGAAGAAGUACAUGGCGGAAGAAGACACAACAGUCACCCUGCAACCCAACAGAGAGCAUGAACAACGGUGAUCUACAGACAUGUCUGCAGGUUGUGUGAGGUGGGUGCUAAGCCGAACAGUGAGAGCCGUGUGUGGUGGCGGUCCUGGCUACUGGACACCAGCAUCAAGAUUUACCAUAUGCAGUGAAAGAUCUAACAUCGUUGCUUCCUCCUGGAGAUGGUCUCCAUUCUCCACUGCUGUAAACGACACAGAACAGACUCCUGCACCAAAGAAAAAAAAGCAGGAUUCCCGAGCUCAUGCCACAAUCAACACUAUUGGCCGUAAGAUCCCGCAGCGUCAGAUACAGGUGAUAAGUGACACAGGCGAGAACCUGGGAACCAUGCACCGUGCAGAUGUGAUCAGAAUCAUGGACGAGCAGGGUCUCAAAUUGGUGCUGCUCAGUGAACACAAAGAUCCCCCCGUCUACCGGCUGAUGAGCGGCAAACAGAUCCACGAAGAGCAGCUGAAACUGCGGGAGAAACAGAAAGCAAAAGCAGCCCCAGUGCAGGUGAAAGAGCUCACCUUUUCAUCUGGCAUCGCAGCUCAUGACCUCACCACCAAGCUGAAACAAGUGGUGAGCUGGCUGGAGAAGAAGCACCAUGUUAGAAUUACUCUGCGAUCAGGACGUGGGGGACCUGCAGUCAACCUGGACACAACUCUGGAGCAGAUAGUGCAACAAAUGGAGGUAAUGGUGGGAUUUGUUUCCAAGCCAAAAGCCAUACGUGACGGUCAAGCCGCCAUGUGCAUCCUCCGACCACCUUCAGGGAAGGAACUGUCACAAAAAGAGAAGAAUAAGGCUGCAGCUUCGCAAUCUGCCGACUCCAGUUCGAAAACCACUCAGAGCACAACCUCCCCUGAUAGCAACACUGACACAACAGAAGGGUCUAUACAGCAGUGACCUGAUGGAAAUAAAACAUUUUGACAAAAGCAAA